CGGUCCUGAAAGUUGGUGGCGCUCUGUCAACACAAAUGUUGAUUUCGGUUUAAAAGUAUCGUAAGUUGGAUGUUCCCGAUGAAGCUGAUCCUUGUUUAUUUCUAAAUGCAGAGGUGGAAAAAAGGAACCGUAAUGAUGGAGCGUCACUUUCAAAGUCCUCGUUUGUUUGAAGGUUUGGAGCUCCGAGGUAGAAGCAGUUUGUCACCAUAUCCCAUGCCAUCUCUAACCAAAACUCAGUCUUCUCUACUAAUGGAUCAUGGAGAUACAGAUAUUUACAGCACAAAGUCUCAAAAUAAUGAGUGUAGAAUAGAAAGAGAUUUUGGUGAAGACAAAACGUUUGAGGAGACGAAGUGCCGAAACUCUCCACAAGUCUUCCCUUUUCAGAAUGAUUUCUUUUGUAAUGGAAGGAUGUCUAUGUCGUGUUUAAGGUUGAUGGGUUACCGUUACAAUAUGACAGGAAGACUCCGUGUAAAGGAAGAACAACACCUUACCUACAACAACAACAAAGUCAGGAGAACGUAAAGAAAAAAGCCAAUACCGCUUUUAUUAACAGAAAGGAAAGUCAAAAUGAUAUGAUUGUGUCUGGCACCAGAUUCCCAAAAGACAAUCUUGGCACAAACAGAGACACAUCUCUAAAGAGUACAUCCCUGGUCACUGACCACAACAAAGAAACAGAAAGCAGGCAGGAGAUUGUAAGAGAGAGGGACGGAUUUGCAUGUGAUGAAAUGGGAGUACCCAUCCAGAUCUCUAUAGACAAGCUUUCUGACAAGUCCAGGCGGCAACCUCUCCAAGAUAUUCAGAAUGUCUGGGACAAAAAAAUAGAAAAAAGAUUGGUGUCAGAAGUGGGUCGGCACAGCAGUGACCAUGACAAGGAAAUAGAGAAGCUGACACGCGAGUUACGUGAGGCUAACAACAUCCUGCAGGAUAUCGAGACCAAUAUAUAUGCUCUAAAGGAUGAAAAGGACGUCAGCCACCAGUGUCUACUUGCCAUCAAAGAUGAUUACCGCAGUCUGCUAGAGGAAAAAAACACAUGCCAGAAACAGAUCUCACUUAUAAAAAAGGAGCUCAACAGCUAUCGUAUAAAGGACCGCCGACUUGUGCGGGAGUUUGACCAGCUCAACCUGUGUUACGGAAAACUAGACCAGAGAGAACGUGUGAUGAGGAGACAGAUCUCCCUAAUGGAAGCUGAACUCUCCCUUGUUGUGUCUAAACUUGAAGCUCCUAAAUCUGGCAGUAAUAAACCUGUGGUACCUAGACUAGAUCUCAGUAAACUUAAACAACCAAAGAAACUUCCACCAGUAAAAAACUCUCUCUGUAGUCUACGUAAGAUUAAAGAGUUACAAAAAACUUAUCCUGUGGUGCCAAACGCGCCAAGGAAACUUUACGAGAUCAUAACAAUUUAUGACAGCAAAGAUUCACCAAACAAGAUGAAGCGAAGGACGUGGCCCCAACACUCCAUCAGUAAUCCACUCCUAGGGAACAGUGCAGCCAAGACCAUUCCCUGUGCUCGGGGUACAGGCUGUGACAACUUUGUUCCCUUGGUAGGUAAUCAUUGUCCCCUGUCCACCCGCUCAGAAAAGGAAACCAGGUCAGAUUUAACAGAGGAACAUAAGAUGAUUAAGUUACCAUCUAUUAACGAGGAACAGUAUGAAAGGAAGCAGAAUGCUAAAAAGGAAAUAAUACCUAAACAAGCCAACUUUCUGUUAAAGCUGGACGAGAAGCCAGACUGAUUGUUCCUGAUAAGAUAACUAUAGGUGCAUGAUAAGGAUUUUGCAAAUGUAUACCUAACUUAAGAAUAUUGAAAAAAAAAGGCAAAAUGUGUGAAAAAUUAAUUCAAAUGAAGAAAUUGAUUGUUAUUUAAAUACUGGAAGUAUAAAUAUUGAACAAAUAAUAUAUGUCAGAAACAAUAAAACAAAGAAAUUAAAAUGAAAU